ACAAUAACCAACCAGCCAUGGCGUGAAAGAUUUGGCUCCUCUUCCAGAUUAAGCCUCAAAAAACAUUACUUUAUAAAUUUCCCAAAACCCCAUUUCAAGUAUUCCCUUAUUUUAUUUUUCCAAGUCUACAUCAUUGCAAAAUAAAAGCUGAGCCUCUCCUUUGUGGUUGGUAACAAAAAAACAGUUUGUGAAAGAAGAAGAAUAGAGAAAAAUAGAGUUUUGUGUGUGUGUUGAGAGAGAGAGAGAUGGACAGCUUGCUUUGUGAUGAGCUUCUUCAAGAAAUCUUUCAAAGACUUCCACCAUGUUCAUCUUCUUCGGUCUCUUUGGUCUCAAAGCGUUGGCUCUACCUCUACCGUACUUCCAAGACGUCCCUCGCUCUCCAACUUACCCUUCAGAAAUCCACAAUUCCAGCUCUAUCUACUCUUCUCUCUCACUACCCUUUUCUCUCUUCUCUCUCUAUCAUCCUUCCCCUUGAACCCACCACCGGCGACGGCGACGGCGACGGCCCUUUGGUGAAAACCACUUUCUCUGAUGACCUCCUUCUCUUAGCCUCUUCCUCUUAUCCUCGCCUUCACGGCCUCAGGUUCUUGGCUGGUCCUGUUUCUCGCUCCUCUCUAGUUUCUCUCUCUUCAACAUGCACCCAUCUCACAUCUCUUUGUAUCAAUCUCUCGAGGCCUCUGUUCCUCACAUGGCUUCUGAACUUUCCAUUAUUGAAGGAAUUGUCAAUCAUGGUAUGUCAUGGGGAAGGCUUUGACCACGAAGUUAAGGACAAUUUGGAAUAUGGGUUUUCUUCAAGUGAUGAUUUCGAUGCAGAAUUGGGCAUAGAGAGCCUGUGCUUAUCCGGGAUUCGUACGGACGAUUGGGGGAUGGGUUGGCUAUGGAGGAGCUGUGAUAAGGUGAAGAAAUUGCAGUUAAGGAGCUGUGAAAGCAUUGGAGAUGGAGGGUCUUUUUCGUCAUUUACCAGGUGCUUGCAGGGAAUUCAAGAGGUGGAGCUCAGAACUUGUAGGAGUAUAGUUGAUGGGGUUCUUCUAAAACUGGCUGAGUAUUCUCACUCUCUUAUAUCUCUUUUGGUUUAUGAUGGUGGUAGUAGAGAAGGUCUACUUAGAUUUUUCAGCCACUGCAGCUGUAAUUUGCAAAAGCUUGAUCUUCGUUUGCCUCUUGACCUUAACAAUGACCAUCUUUUGGCUGCUUCAGUCAAUUUCAGGACCCUUUCAAGUCUUAGGCUCCAAAGUUGUUGCCUAGUUAGUGGUGAAGGCCUAAAGGCUCUUGGGGCAGCUAUGAGUUCUGGGCUUGAAGAGUUGGCCUUAAUUAACUGUGAUGUAGUUGAAAGAGAGCCUGGUUUAUUAACCACAUUAGGACAAAACUUAAAGCAAUUAAGGAAACUGGACUUGUCUUACAAUGAAAUGUUGCUUGAUAAAGAGCUUAUCUCUAUGCUAGUUUCAUGUCACUACUUGGUUGAUUUGAAUCUUAGAGGCUGCAAAGGGCUUGCUAAUUCAGCUAUGAUUACCAUGUCCAAGAGCUGCAAGCGUUUGGAGAAUGUUGAUAUAAUGAAUUGUUGUGGGAUUGAAUCUGAGGCUGUUGAGUUACUUGUUCUGAAUUCUCCUAAGCUGAGAAAGGUGCUAGUUGAGGAAAGCAAGCUCUCUCAUGCUGCAAAGACUUGGGCAUCUCUUAAAUUUAUCCAAGUUGUUUGAUUUCUUUGGAAAGAAAAUUAUUUAUAUGUGAAUAAAUGUUUCAAAUGAAACAGGUACAUACAUGUAUUUCACACCACUUAUUAUGUUUAUCAUUGUAAAUGUUUCUUUCUAUGUUCUGACCACAAAAAGGAGCAAUUUUUUUUGCUCGAAAUGAUUGUGUAUCAAAACGUUUGAUUUUUUUCUCCGAUAAAUUAUGUGGCCUCGUUAAAUUAAGAAUCCUUUGUAUUAUUAUCUUAUGAUUGUGCCAAUGAAAAGAAAACAAAACGUAAAUUAUGAUGUUUGAA